AUGCCCGACCUGGCCCAGAGCGCGCUCCCCACCGUCUCAUCCCCCACCACAGAUAAACAUCCCAAGGGCAAGAGAAAGCGAACAGCCACCAAGGACAAGUUGAUCCUCGAAGAAGCUUACUCCAUCAACCCCAAGCCCGACAAGCAAGCGCGUCUCGAGAUCGUGAACCGCGUCUCACUUAACGAAAAGGAAGUUCAGAUCUGGUUCCAGAAUCGUCGACAGAAUGACAGGCGGAAAUCACGCCCGCUGUCACCGCAGGAGCUGGCGGCUCUCCGCUUCAGUGGCAUGCACAACAUCGCGUCAGACCCCAUGACCUCCCGCAGCAUCGUCGUCGAGCUGGAUCCCGCCUCGUUUCCUGCCUCCGACCAUUCUGCAGACCUUGUCAACCAUGCUCCCUCGCCACCUCACCAUCCCAACAGCCCUCUCCAUGUGCGCCCUCACCACGCUGGUGUGGAGGCCAUUCAUGCUACGCCUGCACCCCGUUACGGCUGCCCGCCCUUCUCUGCCAGUGGUCUGCCGCAUGUGACACCACAACGACAAAUGUACCCAUCCUCACAGGACGAGGUCCAUCAUCUACCUCACUCUGUCGGCUACCUGGCAAAUCGAUGGAAUCUGGGCAAUUCGUAUGCUACGCCUCUGUCUCGCGACAGCUCUGUGAAAUACGACCCCUUCUACCCUUCCUCUUGCUCAUCUAAUUCAUCUGGAGCAUAUCGGUCUCAGAUGCGUCUUUCCCUCUCUCUUGAGGGCAAGGCUGAGCUGGUGGCCCACAACGAUUCAUCUCCUGUCCGUGAAACCCCAUCAAGGCCUUCGUCCACUCUGCCAUCUCUGUCCCAGUACCGGCAGCGAAGCCUUCAGCGUAGCUACAGUGCACUCCCUGCUGUCACUUUGCCUCCCAUCUCAACGCUGACCAACUCACUUCCACCACGUCUUGUCCGUGGCCGAUCCCGUGAUGUUCAUGCUUGGGAGCUGUGUGCUGACUCUGAAACUCGCGAUGAGCUGACAGCUCAAGCUGAGCACGAGUCCAGCGGUUCUGCCAUUGCUGCUAUCAGCUUGCUCCGCUCUACCAGCGGUAUCUUGCAGCCUAGCAGCAUCAAGCGCAACCUCCCGCUGUCAAAGUACCAGCGCUCUCGCCAAACCAAGAAGCCCAGAUUCGGCCGUACCAACUCUAGCGUUGCCCGGCUGGAAACUUGCUGGGCAACCGAGGAGAAGCCGCGCGAGUCCUCUCAUGCCAAAAUGAACGUCUCGAUGCUCGUCUCUCCGUCCGACUCAGACAAGGAGAACUGGAGCCCCAGAGAUGAGACAAACUCUGCCGAGGGACGUCGGCAAAUGCCCCCCGGCAGCCCCGUUCGAUCGCAGAGUGCGAGACGCAUCGGUCGAGCGCUGCAGGGCCGAAAGAGCCCAGCAGCGUUCCUGGUGCGGUCCGACACUGUGCCAUCGGAGCCUUGUUCUCCCGUGAAAACGGGCAUCCACGGCUUCCGGGAUCUAGAGGCCAAGGCAGAGUCCCCACGGGACGAUGAAGUAAGCCAGUUCAUGUGCGGCGAUGUCAGCCCCAGCAAAAAGGGCGACAUGGACUGCGUUGCUGGCUUACUGUCUCUGAGCCAGGGCGCUUGGAGGUGA